AUGAAUACAUUGAAUAAUAACGAUUUCAAUAUACUUGAUUUACCUGAUGAAAUUUUACUCGUCAUUUUAAAUAAACUCAAUACAACUGAUGUAUUUCAUUCACUUGUCGAUGUUAAUCAACAAUUUGAUCGAUUAGCAUUUGAUUAUCUUUAUGUUCGUAAUAUUGAUAUGACUGAUACAAUGAUCAUCAAUUCACUGUAUGAUCAAAUAUCUUCAAUAGAUACUAAAAUUCUUUCAAAAAUCUGUGAAAAAAUUUUACCUCGCAUUCAUCAUCAAGUAUAUAAACUGACUAUUGAACAAUAUUCAAUGCAACAUAUUAUUCUUGCUGCCAAUUAUCCUCAACAUUAUUCUUUAUCACUUAUUAAUUUUCAAGAAGAAAUACUCUAUCAAUAUUUAACCAGUAUACUAUUUUAUUUUCUUUGUUUUCUUUUAAUUAAAGAUGAUUUAAUUCGUCGCGAUCUUCUUACCAAACAAAUAACACAUCUUAAGGGUGUGGGUUUAGCUCAACAGAAUUAUUACGUUCACACCCACACCCAAAAAUUCCAUGUUCUUAUAUUCAUAGUGAAUACUCUUGAUGGAUUUCAUCUAUCUAAUGUACUUUUGAUUAUCAAUAAAUUUCGUUGA